AUGUUUUAUGCCACUUCUGAUGAUGCCACUGCUUCCAAUGCUGCUGCUCCUUCUGUUACCGAUACUGCUGAUGAUGAUGCUACUGCUUCCAAUGCUGCUGCUUCUGUUACCGAUACUGCUGAUGAUGAUGCUACUGCUUCCAAUGCUGCUGCUCCUUCUGUUACCGAUACUGCUGAUGAUGAUGCUACUGCUUCCAAUGCUGCUGCUCCUUCUGUUACCUAUACUGCUGAUGAUGCUACUGCUUCCAAUGCUGCUGCUCCUUCUGUUACCGAUACUGCUGAUGAUGCUACUGCUUCCAAUGCUGCUGCUCCUUCUGUUACCGAUACUGCUGAUGAUGAUGCUACUGCUUCCAAUGCUGCUGCUUCUGUUACCGAUACUGCUGAUGAUGCUACUGCUUCCAAUGCUGCUGCUCCUUCUGUUACCGAUACUUCUGAUGAUGCUACUGCUUCCAAUGGUGCUGCUGCUUCUGUUACCGAUACUGCUGAUGAUGCCACUGCUUCAAAUGGUGCUGCUGCUUCUGUUACCGAUACUGCUGAUGAUGCUACUGCUUCCAAUGGUGCUGCUGCUUCUGUUACCGAUACUGCUGAUGAUGCUACUGCUUCCAAUGGUGCUGCUGCUUCUGUUACCGAUACUGCUGAUGAUGCUACUGCUUCCAAUGCUGCUGCUGCUUCUGUUACCGAUACUGCUGAUGAUGCUACUGCUUCCAAUGGUGCUGCUGCUUCUGUUACCGAUACUGCUGAUGAUGCCACUGCUUCCAAUGGUGCUGCUGCUUCUGUUACCGAUACUGCUGAUGAUGCUACUGCUUCCAAUGGUGCUGCUGCUUCUGUUACCGAUACUGCUGAUGAUGCCACUGCUUCAAAUGUUUUUUUCCUGCUUUUACAGAUUUUGAUGGUCUUGAUACUGAUGAUGUUGUUGCGCGUGAUAAUGAAG